AUGAAGUUGGACACUAGUCAUAUGAGAUAUUUAACUUCCGACGAUUUCCGUGUUCUACAAGCUGUCGAACAGGGAUCAAGAAAUCAUGAAAUUGUUCCAACUCAACUAAUUCAUCAAAUAUCUAGAAUGCGGUCUAUUAGUGGCACUAAUAGGGCCAUCAGUGAUUUAGCUAAAUUAAAGUUGGUCUCUAAAGUGAGAAAUGCUAAGUAUGAUGGCUACAAACUAACUUAUAAUGGUAUUGACUAUCUAGCCUUAAAAUCCAUGUUAAAUAAAGAAACUUUAUAUAGUGUAGGUGCCAUGAUUGGUGUUGGUAAAGAGUCUGAUAUUUAUACCGUUAGCGAUAGAGAUGGAGUUGAAAAAGUUAUGAAAUUGCACAGAUUAGGCAGAACAUCUUUUCAUACCGUUAAAAACAACAGAGACUAUUUAAAACGUAAUAACCAAGGCGCCAAUUGGAUGUAUCUUUCCAAAAUUGCAGCAAAUAAAGAAUACCAAUUUUUAAGCUUAUUGUAUUCUAAAAGUUUCAAUGUUCCUAAGCCCUUUGAUAAUUCGAGACAUGCAAUUAUUAUGGAAUUAAUUCAAGGAUUCCCAAUGAGGCGACUAAGAAAGCAUAAAAAUAUUCCUAAACUAUACAGUGAUCUUAUGAUGUUUAUUGUAAAACUAGCAAACCAUGGAUUGAUUCAUUGUGAUUUUAACGAGUUUAAUAUUAUGAUUAAGAAUGAAUUGGAAAAUGAAAGUGACUUGGGAUUUAUCGUCAUUGAUUUCCCUCAAGCUAUAUCAAUUGAGCAUUCCGAUGCUGAGUAUUAUUUUAAACGAGAUGUUGAUUGUAUACGUAGAUUUUUCAAAAAAAAAUUAAAAUAUGAGCCUAAGUCUGAUACGUCAAUGUUGGAUGUUGAUGGUUUUGGUGAUGGUUAUAAAUAUAUGUAUCCUGUUUUUGAAAGAGAUGUAGAAAGGUGUGAUGAUUUAGAUAGAUUAGUUCAAGCUUCUGGUUAUAGUAAAAAAAUUCCUGGUGAUAGGGAUUUGGAAUUAGCUGUACAUGCUAUGAGAGAUCAUAAUGAAGAAAAUUUAGAUAGUGAAGAAGAAGCGGAUACUGAUUCUGAUUAUUAUGCUGAAUCCGAUGGAUAUUCUGAUUCCGAUGAUUAUACUGAAGAAAGUGAAGAGCAAUACAACUCUGAUGAGGGUGAAAAUGAAAAAAUUAUUAAAGCAUUGUCUACUGGAGUGGGUAAUUUAAAAAUUGAUAAACUAGGAAACUAUGUGCUGGAAGAAUAA